AUGGCGUCUGCAGGCUUUCUUUGGUUAUUUUCGAUAGAUAUAUUGUCGAAAUUUGACAUUGAUGCUAAACAACCGUUCAACUACGAGAAAUUCCAAACGCUCUGCGUCCAAUUGUUUAGCGCAGAUGAAGUGAAGGAGAAUGAAUGGAGGGUACAAGAGAUCUUUAAGCUAUUUGACGCAAAUGCUGAUAGUGUGCUGGUUAAUGAAGAACUGUUCAGAUGUUGUAAGUGGAUACAUAUGAUUAUGAAUCCCAUCAAUAUUUUGUUAGUCAUCGAUGUACAGAACGAUUUUGUCGUUGGCACAUUUCAAAAAUACGGUUUUAAGCAUGGGUUGGAAGUGGUGGAACCGAUAAAUCGGAUUUUGAAGGAGGGUCAUUGGGAUGAUGUGAUAUAUGUACAGGAUUGGCAUCCGGAGAAUCACAUUAGCUUCUUUGACAAUUUGGCGAUGCGCGAACUUGAUCCGAAAUCUGAAGUCACUAAGGAAACGGCGAAACUUUUUGACACCGUUGUUUUUUUGCAACCUCAUUUAACGCAAAUACUUUUGCCAAAACACUGUGUUCAGAAUACUUGGGGCGCUGAAUUGUAUAACGGUCUGCUAAUAUUACCUUCUUCCAAACGGCUACAUAAGGGUCAGAAUCCAGAGAAAGACAUAUAUUCAGCAUUUGAAAAAGAUGAGCAAAGUUCCAUAAAACUUGAAAAAUUAUUGUCAGCCGUUGAAAGGACGUUCUUAUAUGUCUGUGGUCUCACCUAUGAUUUAUGCGUAAAGGAGACGUGUUUGGAUGGUUUGCAAUUGGGUUAUCCUGUAGCUGUGAUUGAAGAUUGCUGCCGUAGUAUAAAACCCAAUGAAAAAACAACUGAAUCAUAUAUUGAAAAUGGUGCAUUAGUGGCACAUUCUAACCGCGUACUGUCCUUGGUGAACGAACAGAAGCAUAGUCUGGUGAUGGCGCAUCAGGCCGCGAAGACUGCAAAUAAACAUUAA